AAACUUCAAUUAAGUAUAUAGAUAUAUUAUAAUCACAUUCUGCAGCAUUACAUUUAGACAGAACACUAGGAAAAGAAAAUUUGAUCAUCCUCUUGUGUAUUCAAAUAUUAACAAAACCAUCCAUGGCACAAAGAAAGCCAUCAUUUCGUUUUAGAAUACCUUCUUGGCUAUCAGGAACACCUGAAUCAAUGUCUCGCCGUCCGAAAGACUCAUCAAAAUCAACUGCUCGAUCAAACACAAGUGUUCCUAUUCAAAGACCAUCUAGGCCUUCUCUCAUAACUCCUGCAGAGUUACCUCCGAUUCCUGCCAAAACUCAAGAAAACACUAGAAUUGAACCUCUAAACCAAUCACCGCCUCGUCCAACUCAACCAACGCCAUUAUCAACUUCGGUGAUUGUGGAGACUACUCACUCAAAACCGUCUUCUCCAUCAAUAUCAUCUAACCAUGUCAACUCUCCACCCUCACCAUCUCAUGCAGCAUCUCAGGUUCAUGUUGUCUCAACUCAACCUCAGUCUCCCUUUCGUUAUGACACCAUGAAGGAGCCAGAACCGAAGCCAAAGCCUUCUCCUACUGAAGAAAACACUCAUCCAACAUCAUUUGCAUCUGAACAAGAAAAGGAAAAAAUGGUCAACAAGUCUGAACCAAUGCAACAUGAAGCUAAAUCUGAGUCUGAGCUGAAGAUGAAUUCACCAUUGAUAGAAAUCACUAAGUCACCACAGCAUGUAGGCUCCGAACAACAGGCUUCUUUUAUGCCCUCCUCCCCCCAAGUUUCUAAAGUCGAGCCAGCUUCCGAGCACCAUCCGCCGUCUCCUUUGGCCUCGGUGCAGAAUGAGGAGUUAAAGGCUAACCAUGAAGAAAACACUUUUUAUACAUCAUCCACCUCUCAAGAACAAAAAGAGAAGAUUCCAGUUUCAUUGUCUGAGCCAUUGCCAAAUGAAGCAGAACGAAAGAUAAACUCACCAUCGAAAAUAAUUCCAGUAUCACAACCAGAGAAUUUGUCCAAGCACACAAAAACAAAUUUAGAUGAGGAAAGAUCAAUCUCAAAAUCACCACCACCAAAGCCCCCUUUGGAAACUCAAAGAAAGUUCCUUCAACAUAAAGAGAAGGAGAACGUUAUGCAUGAAAGCAAAAAGGUAGGAAAAGCCAAAGAAAAAAGUAUCAGCCAUACCAGCCAACCGAAACGACAUACCAAAGCAUCUUCUUCAGGCACAAAGGAUAAGAAGCAGCAUGGUGUAAAAGAAACUGUAGAGAGAAAGAUAAUGUUUGCCACAUCAAACUCUAGUGGAAAAGACAUAGGAGUUUUGAGCUCAAAAGAUCCUAGCUCAAGCAUAUCAAACCAAAGAAAUGCUCCAUCGAGCGACGAAAGGGAAAAGAGAAAUGAAAAGGAAAAGGGUCCAAUUCAAAAAGGUAUAAAAGAUGACAUCACAAAGUUUGUUCAUAAAAUAUCAGCCUCUUUGCAACCAACACAGCCUAUGGAGGACAAAAAAUUUAGUGUCAUAACAUUGACUGGUGACAAUAGAGGAGCCACAAUGCAUGUUGGUUCUGAGUCAGAUAAGAAAGAAGGUUCAAUCCACAUUCAUAGGGCCUACAAGAAUGAAUCUGAAGAGAGCAUUGAGGUGACAACAGAUGGAGAAGGAAACACUAACAACGACGAAGGAAACUCAAUGGAGCACAGUGAGGUUGGGAAGGCUUAUGUUAAUAGCAACAUACAAAGUAUCAACAAUUCACUCAUGUUUCAUGGUUCAAUCAAUGAAAGAGACCCUGGUGUUCAAGUUACAGUUCCACAAAAGCCCUCAGAAAUCAUCAAUCGCGACGAAGACACUAACAAUCACAGGACUGAGUUUAACAUUAGCCGGUCUCGAAAGUCGACGUUCCAGCCAACGGUUCGCCGUUAUGGUUGCAAGUUCAGUAGUAGCAAUAACAAUGAAGACAUUGAGAUUAUGUGAAAUAAGAACAAACAACAUAGCUUCCCAUAUAUUAAAAAAAAAGAAAUACCUUUUAUAGAAAUAUUGCAAGUUUGAAGUAUAAGAAAAUAUGAUUUAUAGUAUUUAGCCACUUUCCAUCAUGAAAGUGUUGACAACAUCCACAAUGUAUAAUAUAAAUACUUUUUUAAUGUGCAAUGUCAUUUUUAUUUGGAAUUGUUCAUACAUAUUACAAGAAAAUAUAGACAUUAA